AUGGAAGGGCGCAGGGGGAAAGUGGACAUGGAGGCGGAUCUGAGGUCACGGGAUCACGCUGACGGGAGCAUGCUGAAGCGACGCGAGGGUGCAUUUUACCUCACGUAUCACCAAGCAGCAUUCGAAGCCGCGAGAAGCGUCUCGAGUUGUCUCGCUCUACUCUCGGAGAUCAAGUCCGAGAAGAUCGCAUCGCUUGGGCGGCUUCAGAGAAUGGAGGCCGGAAAGAGCUGCGUUAUCAGGGUUAGCGGACCCUCCGACAUCCAAAAAGGGUGUGCCAGGCUGGCAAGUGGACGAUGCCGACUCAAGACCAACUCCGACCUCGCCAAUACUAUGCUUGACGGCAAUCCAGACUGA